AGGACUAAUAAAAUGCUGCGUCCGCUUAAACCAUAGCAGGCCAGUGAACAAAAAAAAAUUAAAAAGCAAAAACCACUGGUACUGUUGAUGAAGCACUUGGAUAACAACUACUAGAAUUGAAGCAAGCAAAGCAAAUUCAAGAAUGGCGCACGCACCCUCUCUUCGGUUCACCUCUCUCGUUCGUUCCUCUCCUGCCCCUUCUUCUUCUCACUCUCAUUCCCAGACUCAUACCCUUUCGCUUGCUUCACACGCUUCUCGCCUCUCCUUGAAAUUGGUAGGAAAUAGAAAGAAGACUAAAUUUUCUCCUGUGGCAGUGAAGGCUGUGUAUGCUAAUGAAUUUUGGGCACCAGAGAGGACUUCCCGUCUGGGAAUUUGGUCCAUAAGGGAUAAUGUGCAAGUCCCAUCUUCUCCUUAUUUCCCUGCAUAUGCACAGGGACAAGGGCCUCCACCAAUGGUGCAGGAACGUUUUCAGAGUGUAAUUAGUCAGCUUUUUCAAUAUAGAAUAAUACGGUGUGGGGGAGCGGUCGAUGAUGAUAUGGCUAACAUCAUAGUUGCUCAGCUUCUUUACCUCGAUGCUGUUGAUCCUCAUAAGGAUAUUGUCAUGUAUGUAAAUUCUCCAGGAGGAUCAGUUACAGCUGGCAUGGCAAUAUUUGAUACAAUGAGGCAUAUACGACCUGACGUGUCCACUGUUUGUGUUGGACUAGCAGCUAGUAUGGGUGCUUUUCUGCUUAGCGCAGGGACCAAAGGAAAGCGAUACAGCUUACCAAAUUCAAGGAUAAUGAUUCACCAACCCCUUGGUGGAGCUCAAGGAGCACAAAGUGACAUAGAUAUUCAGGCAAAUGAAAUGCUGCAUCAUAAGGCAAACCUGAAUGGAUAUCUAUCCUAUCACACUGGCCAAAGUUUAGAAAAGAUCAACCAGGAUACAGACCGUGAUUUUUUCAUGAGUGCAAAAGAAGCCAAAGAAUAUGGACUCAUCGACUGUGUCAUUAUGAAUCCUCUCAAAGCUCUCCAGCCAUUGCCUGCUGCAGCAGAGGGUAAAGAUCUAGCUAGCGUUUGAACUUGAGACUAUUGCUUCAUUGCCGGGUAAAAUUAUUAAAGCAUAGUGUUAAAUAAGAACGAUCUUCUGGGUUUUUGAGUCUAACUUUAUUUUGUUAUAAAACAUUUUGGGUGGCGCCCAGUGAUUUGAGGGUAGUUUUAGGAUAACAUUAACAGCUAACUUCUUCGUGAUUUUAACUAGGAAAAAAUCUAAAUCCUCAAUCUUUCACUGUGAUGUUCUCACGUCUGUAUGAUUGUAUAUGUGUAUGCACAGGUCGAAUACACCCGGGUACGUGUUUGUUUUGGGAUUUGGAUUCCCAGUUAUUGGAUAAAAUCCCUGCAUUUGGAUUCUCAUAACAAUAAUAAUGAAAACGACACCGGGCAAUUGU